CGCACAGCGCUCGGUUCUCUUUUCCGGUUUUCACCGCCGCCGCAGCCGCCGCCAUGAGCAGCAAAGUCUCUCGCGACACCCUGUACGAGGCGGUGCGGGAGGUCCUGCACGGGAACCAGCGCAAGCGCCGCAAGUUCCUGGAGACGGUGGAGCUGCAGAUCAGCCUGAAGAACUACGACCCCCAGAAGGACAAGCGCUUCUCGGGCACCGUCAGGCUCAAGUCCACGCCGCGCCCCAAGUUCUCGGUGUGCGUCCUGGGGGACCAGCAGCACUGUGAUGAGGCCAAGGCCGUGGACAUCCCCCACAUGGACAUCGAGGCGCUCAAGAAGCUGAACAAGAACAAGAAGCUGGUCAAAAAGCUCGCCAAGAAGUACGAUGCCUUUUUGGCCUCCGAGUCUCUGAUCAAGCAGAUCCCCCGUAUCCUGGGCCCAGGCCUCAACAAGGCUGGCAAGUUCCCUUCCCUGCUGACACACAAUGAAAACAUGGUGGCCAAAGUGGAUGAGGUCAAGUCCACGAUCAAGUUCCAGAUGAAGAAGGUGCUGUGUCUGGCUGUUGCUGUUGGCCACGUGAAGAUGACCGAUGAUGAGCUGGUCUACAACAUCCACCUGGCUGUCAAUUUCUUGGUGUCCUUGCUCAAGAAGAACUGGCAAAAUGUCCGGGCUUUGUACAUCAAGAGCACCAUGGGCAAGCCCCAGCGUCUGUACUAAGACGCCCCAAUAAACCUUAGUGCUACCAUA